UAAUUUCACUAGGAUGUAAUAACAUCACAAAGUCAUGAGUAAAAAAACAGGACAAUACAACAAUGUAUUUUUACCAGCAUUAUGUCUCCCCAAAAAUAUAUCACGGGUCCUCGAAACAAAACAAAACUGUGAAAGUCAUUGAAAAGUUUUUGAAUUUGAUGUCUAAAUGUGAGAAUCCUGCACCUGUGUCUGGAGAAAGGUUUUUACACAACACAGUUGCUAUAGAUUGAUCAAUAAUGAAGCUUUGUUGCUCUUUAGUGAGACCAGCAUUUGACAUUUAGCCACAGAGCGUCUUGUCUUGAAAAUAGAAGUAGUCGUGUCUUGCACUUCCUCUAUAACACAUCAGCCCAUAGUUAUCGCAUGUGAAAACAGAGCUCUUCCUUUGCAGAGUUUUGUGCUGAUGUAUGUGUCAAAAGGAUAACGCACAGGGUGGUGUCAUUGUUUGCCCUCCCUCAGUGCAGUGUGCCGUACACUGUCUGGAAAUAUUUGACUGUUUGUAUCCACUGACCAGCAUGGGAGGAUGUGAGCUGUGCUCUGCUCUGCUUCUGUUACUGAGCAUUUCUGCCGCAGGAGAAGUGACUCUUGUGAAAACCAUCGGGAGAGAACCAGACGUCACUCCAGUUUGCAGCAAUAUCCCACUGAAUCUCACCAUGCUUUUAAGAUGUAAUGUCACCACAGAAAAGAACAGGGGAGAGGAGUGUCUCCUGCUGUAUCGGGAGGAGAGGGGCUUUGCACAGGGCUGUGGCUCCAGGAUCACACUCAUAGAAGAAAAUCAGACAGUGUUUCUGCACCUGACCAGUUUAACACCAGCAGACAGUGGGAACUACACCUGUGAGUGUGCAUAUGAUGGAGGGAUGGAUUUUCUUCGUCUCAGUGUUACUGUGGAAGAAAAAACACAAGGUCAAACGCGUAUGGAUUACCCCAAUCUGAAACUCUCCCUUCUUUGGAUGAAGAUGGCCAAAACCCUUACGCCACACUGCAGCACCCAGACGCUGAUCUCUACCAAACUCUGGCAAAUCCAGCCAAUAGCAACACAGCGAUCACCCAGUUGGAUCAGCCAGGAAAUAAAGAGAAAAGAGACCGAUUUCAAGCCACACAGCAGGUCAAGUUGCAAAAUCUGUGAGAACACUUAAACCGAAAGACAAGACAAUAUUUUAUUUUAUGUCUGAACGUUGCCAUACAAAUCAACCCUUUGGUUAAUGCAUAAAUGGGGCAACAUAUGAUGCUAAUACACAGGAUUAGUGAAGUUGAAAUCAAUUAAAAUAUUUUCUCAGACAGACACUUUAAAUAGCAUUCAUCACACUUGUAUUUUGGAAAGGAAGGACAUCCACUCUUCCCAGAAUGUGCUAUUAUUCAUGACGCAGCAUGAAAUUUGUAAGGAGGUUAGAGGGCAGAGAGUGCUCUCUGUCCACCCACAACCUGCUUUUAUGGCGCUACUGCUGUGGCACGUGUUGGCUCUUGUUGACUGCAUGUAGUUUCAUAACCACAAGAUAUCACUUCAGCAUAAUACUCAAGAAGGGGGAUUAAAGUUACAGGUGUCAGCUGCCAGCGCAGGUAUUUUCCAGUCAUAAAUAUUAUACUGACAGCAUUUAGGCUCAGCAGUUCCCUGUCUUUCAUCUUGUUGAGUUUUUUCUUCUUUUCUUCUUUUUUCUUUUUUUUUUUUUUUUUUUUGGUUUAUAAAGAACUUUUAAAAGAUUCCCAUAAUGAUGAAACUCGACACUGGAGUGGCACCUCCAGGCAGAAGCACUGGACCACAAUUACAAAACGUGCAGGAUACGUUCGGCAUCACAGGAAAAAAAGGAUCAAAUUACAUAAAGUAAAGUUAUAUGUUGCUUGUUUAAACUGCUACAUCUCAUUUGAGCCAGGUUAUUGUGGGGUGGGCUGUAUGUUGAGAGAAAAAGCUUUGAAAUGAGUCAAAAUACAAAUUUUGGGGCAAACUUAGCCCAAUAACAUGAUUCAUUUUAAAAUAAUAAUCUGCAAAUGUUUCAUAUGUAUGUCCAUGUUGCAGCUCUUUAUCACCAACUAACACC